AUGAAGUAGCAAUAGGAAGAAGAGCUAAUCAUAAAGGUUAAAUAUAACCAGCAUCUGAUAUGCAUAUUACAACAUGGUCAUAAGAACUAGCAAAAGGAGCUUAAGAAUGUUCUGAAAGUUGUCCAGAACAUCCAAUUUAUUGUAGACAUGUAUAUUUUAAUUUUAGUUAGUACAAAGCUCAAUAAGCAUUUUUGAUUUAUAAAUAACGUGUUCAUACAGAUAAAUGGAAUAUAGACCCUGAGUUUAUUUUAAAUGAAUGGAUGUAAUCAAAACAAUCUGCUCAAUAAUUACUUUAAUCUAUGUUAUUUUAGAUUGGAUGUGGUAGAUCAAUGAACUCAAAUUUAGGUGAAUAUGUCGAAUAUAUUGUAUGUUAUUUCGAUUAUGUAUUAAUUACAAUCAUAUAAUCUUAUAGCCUAAUAAAUUGGAACCAUAUAGACCUAGUUCUUCCUUAAAUGUUGCAAAUUCAUGUAGAUUAGGAAGAUCUUCAAGUUAUAUAGCUUUGUGUGCUUCACCUUAUCAAAAAGUAUAAGGAAUAAUGCAAAUAAGAUAGAGACAUAGAGAAAGUCAAUCGAAAUGA